GUUAACUUGUGCAUAUCGGAACUGUUCAUGAAAUGAAAUAUUUUGGCAUGGAUAACUGAUGAAAAGUAUCUGUAUUUGUGAACUACAAAGAUCCUCGAAAAUUUGAUAAUGUCGGACAAGAUUUCAAUGAAGCAGACAAGCUCUAAAGAUGAAAAACUAAGUCUCCCCUUGUUGCAAUCACAUGCACUGAAGAAUGUGGCCGAGUAUACCAAGCGUAGUGCAUGGGAGUUUUGUGACGUCACACCCAUUCACGGAUGUAAACAUUUCCUGGAUAAGGCACAUAACUUAUUCAUUGAACGCAUAUGGUGGAUUGUUGUAUUCUCGGUAGCCGUGUACUACUGUUCCCGUUUUGUGUACAACGUCUACGAAGAGUGGCAACGCGAUCCCAUCAUUCUCAGUUUCGACCAGCAAACUUCAUCGGUUUUUGCGAUACCCUUUCCGGCGGUGACGCUGUGUCCCGAAACGAAGGUUAAGGCCUCGGUUUUGAACAUGUCGCACACUUUCGAACUGGUUCGCAAAAACAAGCUGAAUGAAUCCGUUGACGAGGAACGUGUGCGGAGGUUGCUGUUGCUGUUGCAGCUUUGCGAUUACAAUAUCUACGACAAGCACGAAACUCCAUUCUACUACGACGAUGUUCUUGUUGAUCUCAGACGGAUGUCGAUCCCUUCGUUCGAGAUUUUCAAUGCGUGCGGUUGGAAAGGUCAGGGAAUUGCCUGUUUAGAGUACUUCAAAACUACGCUAACGGAGAAGGGCUUCUGUUAUACGUUUAACUCCUUGGCAAACAACGACAUUCUUCGCAAAGAGGAAUUGGAUCCAAGAUAUAACCUAAAUUCUGAGGUGCGGGCUUCCCACUGGGAGCUGGACAAAGGGUUCCGCGAUACCGGGAUUAACUCGUUUCCACAUAGAAUAGUGUCCGGUGGAUAUCGCAACAGUCUUGAAGCGACCCUCAUUGUCAACAAAAGUGACUUGGACUAUCUGUGUGGCGACUCGUUCCAAGGCUACAAGGUAAUGCUCCAUAUGCCCGAUGAAUUCCCCAUAGUGUCACAUCAGUACUUCCGAGUCCCACUGGAUCAAGAACUAAUCGUCAGCGUUACUCCCAACGUGAUGGCCACGGACGAUCGAGUACGGUCUUAUCCACCGGAAGAACGCCGAUGUUACUACGCACACGAACGGUAUCUACGGUUCUUCAAGAUCUACAACAAAGCCAACUGUGAAACGGAAUGUUUGACAAACUACACCUAUCAGCUGUGUGGGUGCGUUCAGUUCUGGAUGCCUCACCCGAGGGGUUCUCCGAUUUGUACGCUUCACGAUAGCCCGUGCUAUCACUCGGCGGCUUCGCAUAUCUUGAAAAGCACUGCCAGCAAGAGGGCCAAAUCGUACUCUAAAUUGCCGUGGGUUUCGUGCAACUGUCUACCGACGUGUAACUUCAUAGAGUAUCAAACUCAAGUGUCGCAAGCCAAGUGGAAAUGGCAGCGUGGAGAGUACUUCAACUACAUGGAACGGAUGCCAAUGCCGGACAGCGUCCACCAGUCAAAAAUGGUGAUCUACUUCCGGGAAGCGGACUUCAUCCCAUUAGUGCGCAAAGAGGUGACCAGUAUCAGCGAGUUCAUUGCUAACUGCGGUGGAUUGAUGGGCCUGUUCAUGGGGGUCAGCCUGGUAAGCUUGGUUGAGCUGGUAUAUUACUGCACACUGAGACCAGUCGCGAUGUGGAUACUGACUAAGCGGCAGGUUUCAAGCCAAGCAUCUAAAAGUGAUGAUCGGUGCACUUGUCAUUGUGAGAUGAACCAGGAGUAGUUUGAUUCCAAAGGAUCUAUACCUGUUACCUAAGAAUAAAUCAUUGUUACAGCGACAAUUCCAUCGGUAAUCUUAAGCUCUCAAAUUCAUCCUGUCCGAAAACACAGGAUUACGAUACCGAAAGAACGCUUUCAUUGAUUGUUAUCAUCAUGGUUGUCAUACGUGCACAGUUCUUGACAAAAAUGCAAAAACAGGAAGCAUAACAAACAGCACUUCAAUUAAUUGUUUUAUGUGC